AUGGUGUCGGCAAUCCUCACCACUGUGUGCAAGCUGGACUUGACAUCCCACCAGCUUUCAAGGAGCCUCCACUUAUUGGAACGGCGACCAGAAUACGUCUCCGUCACCCCGUACAACUACACCCACACUACGAUUCAUGGCUUCCAGGGCACCCACCAGCCCGCGAUCUGGAUGGGCGAGUCCGGCCAGGUCGUUGUGUCUCCAGGGCUAGGCGAAGUAAAACAGGCCUUUGAAGAUCGCGGGCUGGACAUAGUGUACGAUGGCGACGAACGCAUGGAAGCCGUCAGUGCGAAUUACUAUGCCGUCCUCACACAAGCCGACGAUGGGGUGCUCAAAUCAGAGUUGAGUGCUACCUCGCGCGUCGGCCACCUCCGCUUCACCUUCCCUGCCAACGCCUUCGCGCCCUAUGUCCUCCUCGAAGCCACCCGCCCGAGCACGCUCGGCUCGCCCGCGUCACCCAAUGGCACAUGGCUCACCUAUCCCACUGGCCUAGUCACUAUCGACCCUGCGAACCAAGAGAUCUGUGGACGCAACCCCGAGCGACAGGACGAGAUCCUAGGUCCGAGCCCCGCGCCGUCGUUCGCGGGGUACUUCUGCGCGCGGUUCAAUGCGCCUUUUAGCACAUAUGGCGUCAUACAAAACGGCUCUGCGAGUGAGGGUUCGACGAGCGGUGAAGGACCCGUACUGGGUGCAUACGCGAAGUUCGAGGGUGCAGGGGCGAGUGCGACGGUCGUGGAUGUGCGCGUGGGCGUAUCGUUCAUCUCGGUGGACCAAGCGAGGAAUAACCUGGAGAAGGAGAUCCCGGAUGGCACGAGUCUGGAGGAGACGGCGAGGGCGACGAGGGAGCUGUGGGUUGAGAAGCUGGGGAGAGUGAAGGUAGAGGGCGCGAGUGCGGAUGAGAGGGCGACGUUCUACACGGGGAUUUUCCAUACGUUGCAGUAUCCAUACGAGCAAGACGAGGACGGCAUGUACUACUCCGGCUAUGACGACAUCGUGCACGAAGGCGACUCCUACACGGGCUACUCCAACUGGGAUACAUAUCGCGCUGAAUGGGGCUGGUUAAUCCUCUUGGCGCCGGAGCGUAUACCGGGUAUGGUCCGAAGUAUGUUGCAAGACUAUGCAGAGGGCGGCUGGCUACCAAUGUGGAAGAACAUCGUUGAGACGAAUAUCAUGGUCGCUACGCACGCUGACUCGCUCGUCGCGGAGGCGGUGGUGAAAAAUAUCACAGGCUUCGACUUGGACACCGCGUACGCGGCCGUGUACAAGGACGCGACAGUGCCACCUGUGGAUGAUUGGUCGAUCUCGUAUUAUGAUCGUGAAGAGGGUGUUGGCUACGAAGUGCGCGCAGGUCUCUCCAGCGUAUACGAAGAAAAAGGCUGGGUCGCGGACGACAUCCACUCCGAGUCGGCGUCACGGACACUCGACUACGCCUAUGACGACUGGGCCGUCGCCACUCUUGCGGAUCUCCUCGGACACACCGAGAACGCGACCCUCUUCCGGGCGCGUUCGCAAAGUGCACCCUUCGCGAUCUUCAACAACGACACCGGCUUCAUGGAGGCUCGCAACGCCAACGGCUCGUGGGCGGGUCAGGACCAGGGCUGGACGGAGGGCGACAUGUGGGCAUACACGUUCGAUGUCAUCCAGGACGUACCUGGCCUCGUUGAGCGGCGUGGCGGCAACGCGAGCUUCGUGGCGUUCUUGGACGAGCAUUUUGAUGGAGGACAUAAUGACCAGACGAACGAGGCGAGUACUUCGAUUCCUUCACAUCACAUCCCGUACCUGUACGCGCUUGCGGGCGCGGCAUCCAAAGGGCAGGAACGUAUCCGCGAGGUCGCCGUAGCCAACUACAACUCGACUGUGAACGGACUGUCAGGCAAUGAAGACUGCGGUCAAAUGAGCGCUUGGUACAUCUUCAGCGCGCUCGGGUUCUACCCUGUCGAUCCAGUCUCAGCGACAUACGUUGUCGGGACACCAUUCUACGACAAAGUCACGAUCUCCUUCCCGAACGCGACCCAACCGCUCGUCAUCUCUGCGCCCGGUGCACCGACCAAGCCUUAUGUCAAGUCGCUCACCGUGAACGGCGAGGCUUUCUCGCAACCGGUCAUCACGCACCAGCAGAUCGCCAACGGAUGCGAGAUUGUCUUCGAAAUGAGCGACACGCCACAGGAGUGGGCGAGCGCAACUUUGGUGAGUGUCGGUCUGUCUGAACGUGCUUGCCAAACCUGA